GGGCUCUGAGGGGGGUCUCCCUGGGAGCCCUCAGCCCGGAGCCGUCCCUGGGCUGUGCCCGGGCUGCGGGGGCUCAUCCCCGGCCCCGUGCCCCUGAAUGCACCCCUGAAACCAAGCUCUAUCUCCCACCAUUGCCUGUGUCCUCUCAGCUGCUCCCUCCCAGCGACGCUGUCGAGAUGUAUGUGACAGCAAACGUCAGUUCUAGUGACACGGAAAGGCUCAGGAUCUUAUGUCUCAAUUAGAAUUAUAGAGUCGUUAAGGCUGGAAAAGACCUCGAAGAUCAUCAAGUCCAACCUAAGACCUAAUAAUACCUCCAUGCCCAAGCUCUCCAGAAAGUGACUGUUGUGGUUAUUGCUGGCAAGUCUUUGUUUUAAACACUGCUUGCUCCCACUGAAGAUGAGGCAUUAGCUGACUGAUAAGUCAGAUCCAGUGUAACAUCCAUAACUUUGGGAUACUGACCUCCAAAAUAAUCGCAGAGUACCACACCAGGCAGUUUAUUUUAUCCUCAUGGGACUCCUGUUUUCCUUAACAUCCUUUGCUCCUGUCAGAGCAUUGUACUCCAGCCACGGGAGUUUUCCUUCUCCUUACUUAAAUCAAAUUCGGGGUUGUCCCAGCAAAACCACUGUGUGAAUAUGGACUAUAAGAGGCAAUUGCAAGUUAUCAACAUCCCAGGGCAUAAGCUGAGUUUAACCUCAUGUUUUGAGGAUUUUUAUUGCCUACGUCAAUGCAAAUAAUAGUGACAUCACUUGAACAGUUUCAGCCCUCAACAACACACAACCUUUGAUGAUCCUUGGAAGCUGUUCCAAUGGCCUCAGAAGGGCAAAGUGAGGAUGCAGAACAUCCAGCUGAGCCUCCUGCAGCUCCUAUGCAGAGUGAGAGACCAUUCCAGUGGGGAUCCAUACUCGCUGCAGUGAAAGACCAGCUCCCAUCUCUGGACUCCGAGUCCUCCACAUCUGAUUGUGACAGUGAUGAGGAACUUUUCAUCUUCCAGCGGGAACUGCCGAAUUUAAUUCCUGACUUUUCAGAAGAACUGAUGAUGUUUUCCCUGGAAGACUCCAACGUGCAGGUUCAAAUCCAGGAAACAGAAAGACAACCAUGGGAAAUCUGGAACGGAGACCUGGAAAGUUUUGGCUUUCAGGAAGAAACAGAUGGUACCCAAAUCAUUGCAAAAGAAGAUGUACAAAUGAUUAAAGAUGAGACUUGCAAUCUUGCCAGCCAGACUGAAGAAAUGCCAAACCAAAAGGGAGCUGUUCUUGAAGAGUCUCUUGCAGAUUCCACAGAUCACCUUGAAGAGAAAGAACUGGGCAGGAGACAGGCCAGGGAAACAGGGAAGCCUUGGCUUAAAACAGCAUUGUCUGUGCAAGAGCUGUACAGUAAAAAAGAGAGAAAAAAGCUGAUAGAGACAAAGAUACUCUCCAAAACCAUUCUGGAGCCAUCCCCAGGCCACCCAGAGCAGGAUGUCAAACCUCCCCCCUGUGGCAUCAACAACAGUCUAGAAAGAAUUGCAAAGGGAGAGACCUCAGUUGAGCAUCUUGGAGGAGUGACCCGUUUGUCAUUGCAGGUCCAUACUGGUGGCAAACCCAGUGGAUCAGCAAUAUGGCUCCUGGAACUUCAGGAGAGCCAACCACAGAGUCUGUCUCUGGAAGUGCAGGAAACUCUUCUGAUUCCAGGCAGACUUGGCACUAAAAGAGGGAGCUUUCAGGCCUUCCAGUGUCUGGUCUUUCCUGUAGUGCUGGAGAAUAUUGAGAAAUGGGAUCUAGACAAGAAUCUUGGGGAGCUGGAGCAGCAGAGAGAUAACACUCAUGCAGAAGUUGCUUUCUUCUCAGCAGAUUAUGAGACCUUCUGGAGGAACUGUGAGCUCCUGAAAGAGCUGGAAGAGCUGUGUGCCAGGCAGUCCAGGACUGUGUCUCCUGUCUGCAGGUGGCUGUCAGACAAGCCCUACUUCUUUCCAGAAGAGCAGGACAAUAAGGAUGUUGCCUUGCCAUCAUCCUCACUAAGUUCUCUGAGAAGGAACAUUAUACUACAGAGCCCGCCAGAGCCUUCAACUGUGUACAUAGACUUAAGAGAUGAUGAACCACAGAACUCAGUGACAUUCCCUGAAGAAGAACAAAGUAUAAUUGAUGAGGAGCCAACACCCAUUUGGAACAGAGUUAACUCAUGUGGUCUGAUUUGUUUUAGAAGUUCAAGUGACAGCUCCACCGAAGAAGAAGAAGAGACUGUGACAAUUAAGGAUGGAGCAGAAAACAGAAUGAGAAAUUGCUCAGGGAAAUGCCAGUUACUGCAACAACUCCGAGCAGCUCAGAAGGAGACCUCAGAGCUUCUUUGUAAAGCAUCUACUCCAACUGAAAAACUGGAUCCAGAAAGCCUGGAAGACAGAGGUUCCUCUAAUAUAAGUCAAACCCAAUAUUGUAAAGUGAGGCAAGAGACAAAUGAGGUGGUUCCCAGGAAACUAAUGAGAUUGGAACCAGAGGAGAAAAGUCCCCCUUUGUCAAGCUGUGGGGACAAUGAAGCUGACAUAGAAAAAGGAAACAAAAUGGAAGCUGAGAAGGUUCAGAAUUCAGGAAAUGCUCCAGAGUGUCCUCUGACUACAACAGAAUUGCCAAGAAUCUCUGUAUUUUUCAGGACACAAGAAAGUGAAAGAGAGCUAUCCCAAAAAGAAGAGCAGAUGAAAGAGAGACAGAGGAGACUCAGAUUCCAGGAGCAGCUGGAGGGAUUGCAGCCUCAGCAGUCAGUGUCUGGGAAGCAGCCCAUGGCAGAGAACACCCCUGUUCUGUUCCACAUGGAAGCCUCUUAUUUGCCAGCUGUUGACACAUUGCCUGGCCCACAGCGUGUGAAGGAUGAGGUGCUGCUGCUGACCAUUAGGCUGACAAGCUGUGGCCAAGUGGCCACAGAUCAGUGUGAUGGGCAGGUGCCUGACAAGGUGCUGGGAGCAGCCAACAUCUACCAGGCCCUCGUGACGUGGCUGCUCUCUCUGGUGCCUCCUUUGAAAAGGAACAAUGGCCCCAAAGCUCCAUUUGAGGUGGUGGGGCUGCAGCAGGCCUGGAGGGAGGAAGGCUUGGCCCUCUGUGCUGGUCUGAUCCCAGCAGAUGAGUCUUCAGCCCAGAGCUGUCCCAAGACCCAGGAGACACAAAACACGGAAGAUCUACGAGGACCAUCUGUGUUUUACCAGAAGAUUUCUGCAUUUCUUGCCUCUACAUGGCUUCCAGAUGUUAUUUGGUGGAGGGCACAACUGGCCAGUUGCUUCCAAAACCAGCUGUGUCCACUUCAUCUUGAUAUUCCCUCUGUCCUGCUCAGUAACGUUGUUGCUGUUAAUCCCGACCCUCAGGCAGCAGAGAAGGUGUUUGUGGUGCCAAAUGGAUUUUACUGGCAGACAGUUGAAAGUGGUGACAAAUACUUCCCUGACAGCAGUGCCAUGGAGGCCUGCAGAGAUACAGACACUGAGGUUGCCAUGGUGUUGCUGUUUGAGAGGCUCCUCCAAAGUCCCCUGGCUGCCCAUCACCUGCUGCAGCUGCUGCUCAGCUCUGGCCUGGAUGUCUGUGGCCUCCGCCUGCUCUACCCCCAGCAGGAUGUGCUGCUCUCCAGCUCAGAAAAGCUGCCUUCUUCCUACACCUCAGAGUUUGGCAAUGUGCCACCAGUGCUGGCCCUGUGUGUGAGAGGGCCUAAAGCACGUGGCACCUUGCAGGACAUCGUGGGGCCAUCUGACCCAUGUCUGGCCAGAGUGACAGACUGUGGUUCCAUCAAUGCCAUCUACGGCAAGAGCCAAGAGGAGCCUCUCAUGUACCUGCCCUGCCUGGACAGCCAAGUGCACAGGGAGCUGUGCCUCUGGUUUGGAGGAAGGGCUACUGGGAUCCUGCAUCUGCCUUCCAGCUCUCAGGGUCCUUCAUCAGCUGGGACAGAAGCAGAUGAAGAAAAGAUUGAUCUCCAGAGCAGGAUGCUGCCUCGACAUCCAGCCAUGCUUGUCUCAACUACCAAAGGGGACAUCAUUCUGAUGGUGUCGCCUGUGGUGUCUCCUCGUGCCUAUGGAAGGGUGAUGUCUGUCUCCGCUCGUCGGGGGUUUGUCCUGCAGGGCCUCAGGCAGCUGCAGCUCUCACCUGAGCAAGGCCUUGUGCUGAGCAUGACAACAAGGCAGAUUGCUGUAUUUUGCCCUGGAAAGAGCUCAAGCUCACCUGAUAGUCCUGCAAGGGGAGAACUCCCAGCUGAACCACGGAGGCACUGCCUCGUUUUGUUGCUGAGGAAGGAGAAUGCAAGUCAUCACAUUCCUGCCCUGGUGAAAGGGCUGAUGGAUGAGCUGGCACAGCCAGGCCUUGGCAGUGGGCAGAGCAGCCCCCCUGUGAGUGCUGGCCUGGAUGCCUCCGUCUGCUUCCACGUGGCUCCGUACGCCGAGACCUCGCUGCAGGCCCUGGGAGGAAACCUCAGCGCAGUUCCAGAGCCCCACAACAUUCCUCUGGAUUUUUUCCACCACCGAACAUACGCUGCUGAUCCUGGGAUGGAGCAAGUUGUGACGCUGACUCUGGUUGGAAUGGAGACCAUGAAAAGUGCUGGAGAGCUCCUUCACCAGAUCCUGUUUCCUGGGCUUAACAACCAGCCUCAGAGUGCAGAAGACUCUGAGUCAGGAUUUGAGCUCCUAGGCCUGAAGUGGUUGCCCCACCUCACUCGAUGGCAGGCCAGAGAAAUAACUCCUUUUGAGGCUGGAGAUACUCACUGGCAGAGGAGCCUGGACACACUGAUGUCCAACCCCGUCCUCGUGUGCGUGAUCCGGGGGAUCGAUGCCUACGAAACCCUUGCAGGUGUCUUGGAGGGAUUAACACAGUGUAGGGAGAAGCUCACCACGAGUGGAAGUCUCCCACAGGCAGUAAUGGCCUUGACUCCAGAGGUGACAUUCAGACAAGCCGUCCUCUUCUUCACAGAGGCUGAUUUUGUAACUGAUGAAGAACACUGCCCUGCCAUGAAAUACCUGCCACCACCUGGCAGGAGGUCCAGGGCUGAAGUGGGUGGGAGCUGGAGAGGCCGUGCAGAGUCCCUGUUUGCCUACCUGCACACAGGAGCCCAGGUCCUCUGCACGGUGCUGCUCAUCAAACCCGGGGUCUGGAGCCAGAACCUUGCAAGGAUCCUCAGAAACCUGGACCUGGAAAAAUUCACCCUGGUCGGAAUGAAACACGUAGACCUGGAACCAGCCAUUGCUCUGGGACUCCUUCCUUCUGAAGUGAAACAGGAUCCUGCUGCUUUAGAAGCUCACUGUACCUACCUCACCUCAGGCACUGCUCUCGUGCUGUGCCUGCAGAGGCCAAAUGCUGUGAAGAAGCUGGUGGAUCUCCUGGGGCCAGAGGAUCCUAAACUAGCCCAAGCAGUAGAUCCCUGCCUCUGGAGGGCUCAGUAUGGCACCAGCACAGUCCAUAAUGGAUUUUAUGGCUCCAAAUCCUAUCGAAUGGCUGUCCGGGAUAUGAGGCUGUUUUUCCCAGAAGGGCUGUGCUGUGCCAAGUGUCAGACACUGGAGGAAGAAGAGAUUUAUAACCUGAAACGUGACCCCAUAUUCAGUCUGGAAGUCAGCAAGGAGCACAAGAUCCUAAACUGUGAGCCAGGAAGAAAACCCAAUGUUCUGGGCUCCGAGCAGCUAUGCAAUCCUGGUCAGCCAUUGCUGGGUACCCGCUGCCAAACCACUUGCCUCGUGUUGCCUGGGAUAAUCCUGCGGGGUUCAGAGCCCCCACCUUACGUGGACCUGCUGGAUGAGCUUCUUGGCAGAGGUUUCUCGGUGUCCAGAGCUCGUCUCACCGUGCUGGACAUGCCACAGGCUCUCUGCGUCUCCAGGACACUCAGCAGGGCCAAGGGCAGUGUGGCAGCAAAGUGUUCCCUCCUGAAGGAUGGUUUGUGCCUGGUGCUGGCAGCACAGCGGGACAAUGCUGUCACCUGCCUCGGCUCCCUGCUGGACAGUGCCUGCUGGCAGAAACAGUCCGUCCUGAACACUGCAGAGCAUCUCCUUUAUCCCCAGAAUGAGAAUCAGGCCCAGGAGCUGCUCUGCGGCCUUUUUGACUCACUGACAUCAGAGAGCAUCCACCGGAUUGAGUCCCAGGAUUCUUAGCCAGGACAGUCAAGGCCUCCGAGCAGCCUUGGAUGCCACUGUGGAGAUGGACACAUGGGCACUCCCAGCUCUAAGAACACAUAUAUUUGUUUGGGAUUAAAACGCAAAGUCUGAAGUGUG